UGCGAUGCUCACCAUUGCUACAACACGCAGUUUUCUCCAUCCAACGACAAUCAGUGUACGUACGUCUCCAUCUUCCUUGAGCGUUUCGCUUCCAUCACCGAUUCACUGUUAGCGAGAAAUGAAGAAAGGAUUGCAUCCUCAGUUGCAAUGGAUAUCCUAUGUAACACAGAGCGGUAGAUUGAUGCACGUUAUGAUGACCAAAAUACACCAUGUUGGUAAAGUCUACCACUUUAGGGCAAAACGCCAAAUGGCCGAAAGUAUUGGGCAGGUUGCCAAGUUUAAGCGCCGUUAUGAAGAAAAGGGGAAUGCUGAAGACAAUGAAAAUUGAUUUUUCUAUUUUGGAUGCAACACUAUUUCUAUUCUAGUUUUAUUUAACGUGCAGUAGUCAUUGGAAUAAACAUGAAAUUGAUGGGUACUCUGGAGCACAUACUAUUUGAUACGUUGUGGGAGGUUGAAUUUUGAUAACAGAAUCCCUUCGGGUCAGUUUGUCUAUUUCUAGGGCUUUAACAGCCCCCAAUAAAAUGACACCACGUCAGCAAUUCUA